AUGUCUCGGAGCGGCUCCUGCCCACACCUGCUGUGGCACGUGAGGCCACGGUCGCUGGGGCUGGAGGAUCCGUCCAGGCUCCGGAGCCCCUACCUGGGAAGAAAAGAGUUUAUCCAAAGAUUGAAACUUGAAGCGACCCUAAAUGUGCAUGAUGGCUGUGAAGUUUUGACAACAAUUCGUUCUGGCCAUCGAGCAAAUAUAUUUAGUGCAAAGUUCUUACCAUGCACAAAUGAUAAGCAGAUUGUAUCUUGCUCUGGAGAUGGAGUUAUAUUUUAUACUGAUGUUGAGCAAGAUGCGGAAACCAGCAGACAGUGCCAGUUUAUGUGCCAUUAUGGAACUACCUAUGAGAUUAUGACUGUACCAAAUGAUCCUUACACUUUUCUGCCCUGUGGUGAAGAUGGAACUGUUAGGUGGUUUGACACGCGCAUCAAAACUAGCUGCACAAAAGAAGAUUGCAAAGAUGCUAUUUUAAUUAACUGUCGACGUGCUGCCACAUCAGUUGCUAUUUGUCCACCAGUACCAUAUUAUCUCACUGUUGGUUGUUCUGAUAGCUCAGUACGAAUAUAUGAUUGGAGAAUGCUGGGAACAAGAGCUACAGGGAUUUAUACAGGUCGAGGGACUAUUGGAAUGGUUGCUCGCUUUAUCGCUUCCUAUCUGAACAAUAAGUCCUGUAGAGUGACAUCUCUGUGUUAUAGCGAAGACGGACAAGAGAUUCUCGUUAGUUGCUCUUCAGAUUACCUCUAUCUUUUCCACCCAAAAGAUGAUACAGCACGAGAACUGAAGACUCCUUCUACAGAAGAGAGGCGAGAAGAAUUACGGCAGCCUCCAGUUAAGCGUUUGCGACUUCGUGGUGAUUGGCCAGAUACUGGACGCAGAGCAAGGCCCGAGAGUGAACGAGAAGAGAAUGGAGAGCAAAGUCCCAAUGUAUCACUGGUGCAGAGAAAGUCUGAUAUGUUAUCAAGAUGGCCUGAAGAAGCAAGUGAAGUUGCACAAAGCCAUAGAGGACAAGGAAGAUCUCUCCCCAGAGGUGGAACAAGUCAGUCAGAUGUUUCCACUGUUCCUGCGGUCCCAUCGAGUCCUGAUCUGGAAGCGGGUGAAACUUCAAUGGACGUAGAUGUCCCAGCCGAGCAGUUUCUUCAGCCUUCUACGUUCUCUGCCACAUCUGCUCAGGCUCAUUCAGUACGCUUUUCCACCGGAAGCCCCUACUCGACUUCUUUGCUGUCUUCUCCAGACAGCGAGCAAAGUCAGUCCCCGGAAGCUUCUGGACACCAUGCGCAUCAUCAGUCUGAUAACAAUAAUGAAAAGCGGCCUAAACCAGGGACGGGUGAACCAGUUUUAAGUUUGCACUACAGCACAGAAGGAACAACUACAAGCACAAUAAAACUGAACUGUACAGAUGAAUGGAGCAGUACUGCCUCGAGUUCUAGAGGAAAUGGAAGCCAUUGCAAAUCUGAGGAUCAAGAGGAAUCCUUGGUCCCACAGAGCUCAGUACAAACACUAGAAGGAGACAGUGAGACAAAAGCUCCUGAAGAAUCAUUAGAGGAUGUGACCAAAGGUCAGGAAGGUACAACUGCAGAAAACCAAGUUCGGGAUCGCAUAGACACAGCACAAUUAGAUAACCUCGCACCUGAGCCAUCAGAUCCCACCUCAGGAGAAAGGAGUGCUCUUACUCCGGGUAGCCCUUGCGGAAUUCCGGCAGAGCCCACUUUGUCUGAAAGAGCCAAGGAAGGGGAGCCUUCAGCCCAGACGAGCAGUGAGGGCACCACCAGUCCAGAGCCCCAGGCCCAGACAGAAGCCAUCGGGCCUUCACCUCAUGAGGAGUUAUCAGCCAGGGACUCUGCUCUGCAGGACACAGAUGACAGCGAUAAUGACCCCGUCCUGAUCCCAGGGGCAAGGUACUGAGCAGGACCUGGGGAUAGACGCUCUGCUGUUGCACGUAUUCAGGAGUUCUUCCGGCGGAGAAAAGAAAGGAAAGAAAUGGAAGAGCUGGAUUCCUUGAACAUUAGAAGGCCACUAGUAAAGAUGGUUUAUAAGGGUCACAACUCCAGGACAAUGAUAAAAGAAGCCAAUUUCUGGGGUGCUAACUUUGUGAUGAGCGGGUCUGACUGGGGCCACAUCUUCAUCUGGGAUCGGCAUACUGCUGAGCACCUGAUGCUUCUGGAGGCUGACAACCACGUGGUGAACUGUCUGCAGCCUCACCCAUUUGACCCAAUUCUAGCCUCAUCUGGCAUAGCUUAUGACAUAAAGAUCUGGUCACCACUAGAGGAGUCACGGUUUUUUAAUCGAAAACUUUCUGAUGAAGUUAUAACUCGAAACGAACUCAUGUUGGAGGAGACUAGAAACACCAUUACAGUUCCAGCCUCUUUCAUAUUGAGGAUGUUGGCUUCACUGAAUCAUAUCCGAGCUGACCGCUUGGAGGGUGACAGAUCAGAAGGCUCCGGUCAGGAGAAUGAAAAUGAAGAUGAGGGAUAAUCAGCUCUUUUUGGCAAGCACUUCACUGUUCUGAAAUUUGUACAAGACAUUUAUUAUAUUUUUUCUUUACAGAACUUUAGUGCAAUUUUAAGGUUAUGGUUUUUUUUGGAGUCUUUCCCUUUUUGGGGGAUAACUUAACAUUGGUUUGGAAUGAGUGUAUGCAUGAAUUUGGGAGAGUGUAUAAAAACAAAACUAGCAAAAUAUUUGUAAACUUUUUGCUGUGUAUGAGGAGUGCUAGAAACUGCAAAGUGCAA